AUGACUUAAAGAAUUAGAUCAUAUAGUUUUGUUAAAAAAAAUUUAGAUGGAACUGGUUUAGUUAAGGAAAAUUCUAUAUUAAAAGAUAAAGUACAUUAGAUCAAAUUUUUGGUAGAAGAUAAUUUAGAUAUUUUAAUAAAUGAGCUUGAUUAAGACUAUAAACAAAAAGCUUCGAUCACAGAUAUGUCAAAUGUCUUUGUAAUCAUUUAAGAAAAUAUAUAAAGAUGGAAAAAUCUCAUCAGCACUCUUAAAAAUAAUACUACGAUUUUGGAAUCUCAAUUUGAAAAUUUGAAAGAAAAAGAAGAACAAAUGAAAAUGAAAACAUAAAAUGAUAUUCAUCACAUGAUUGAAUAGUAAGAACAAAAAAUUAUUCAAAAAGAAAAUCAAAUAGUUACAUUCAACUAAUAAGUGAAAGAUUUAUAGAAUGAAUUAGAAAUUAUUAAGUCUAAGUUACAAGACUAAGUACUUCAUACAGAAGAUUUAAUGAAGCAAUAAUAAUAAUAGUUAAAGUAAAGAGUUGCAUAAUUGGAUAAUGAUAUCAUUUAAAUAAAAUAACAACAUUAGUUUGAAAUCUAAGCUAUUUUGCAUAAUCAUGAAAAAGAUAGGAAAUUUUUUAAAGAAGAAUUAGAAAAUCAAACUAAUUUGAUAGAAUAAAAAUAUAAAAAAUAUUAUUUAGAAAAUUAAUAAUUUUAAGAAAAGUAUCAAAAGCAAAUGCAAUAAAUUAAAUAAAUCAAAUAACAAAGAGAUAAUUUUGAAAAAUAAUUAGAUUAAUAAACAUAAAAAAUUAAAUAAUAUAUUGAAGAAUUAGCUAAUGAAAGAAAAAAUAAAGCAAAAGAAAAUAAACAGUAAUUAGAAUAAUAAGAAAUAAUUAGUCAAUUAUAAAAUAAAAUUAAUAUAGAAGAAAAAAGACAAUAAAGAUUUAAAGAGUAGAUUCAAUAACAAUAAGAUUAAAAUUAAACUCUUUUGUAAAAGCAUGUUUAUGAGAUUAAUUAAUUCAAUUAUUAAAUUGCAUAAUUAAAAAAAGAAUUAGAAUAAAAAGACAUAUUCAUAACUAAUCAAUAAUUAAACCAUGUUUAGUAAAUCUUAAUUCAAAAAAUUAAAUAUGAAAAUAUACUUGGUAAUCCAAUAAAGUUAGAACCAGAAUAAUAAUAAGAUCUUACUUAAGAUUUUAAUCAAUAAUACGAUGAUUAAGUGUAGAUAUAAUAUAUGAAAAGUUUGGAGUAGUAAAUUAAAUAACAAUAAAAUUUAAUUCUAGAAAAAAGUCAAUAAAAUGCUGAUAUUUAGGUUAAGUAUCAGAAACUUUAAUAAAGUUUAUCUUAAUAAAUAGAUCAGAAAGUAAAAGAAAUAUAAUAUGAAUGCAAAUUAUAAUUAAAUAAGAUGUAAUAAGAAUAUGAAAUUUAAAAAGAUAAAAAUAUAUCAGAACAUAAUUAUAAAAUUAACCUUUUAUAAUAAUAACUAUCGUAUGAAGUAGAUAAAUUUAAGAGUGAAUUAAAGGAGCUUUAAAAAUAAAUAGAGUCGUUGAAUAAUUAAUUAUAAGAAAAGGAUUAAAUUAUUAUUUAUCUUUCAGAAUAACUCUAAUUAAAUAAAGAAUAACAAACUAGAGAUAAAAAAAUAGCUGAAACUAACUACAAUGAUCUUUAGUUAACAUAAUAAUAAUAGUUAGAAUAAUUAGAAAAAAUACAUUCAUAAAAAUUGAAUGAUAUUUUAGGUUAAUUAAACAAAUCUACAAGUUAAUGUGAGUAAUUAAGUUAAUAGUAUUAAUAAUUGUUAAAAAAUAAUUCAGAAUUAAGAAAUGAAUCAAAAGAAUAAAAAUAAUCUCUUCAAUAAUAUAAAAUAUAAUGUGAUAAAUUGUCAAAAGAAUUAUAAAUUUAAUGUGAUAUAUCAAAAAGUCUAAAUGAUAGAAUAAGGUAACAACAAGUUGAAAUAGAAAAUGCUAAGUAAACCUAUAACAUUUUUACAAAAACAGCUAGAAUUCCUACCAUUAUGAGUAGUGAAAUCAGAUUGACAAAGUUGAGGACUUCACCUAUAAGUCGUAAGUUAAGAUCCAUAUCAAAUACUAGAAUAUAAUAAUUAUAAAACUUAUGA